AUGUCCAAGCCAGAAGACUAUACCGUGGGCUGGAUCUGCGCCAUAAGCACCGAGUAUACGGCUGCCACCGCAUCUCUGGACGAAGAACAUGAACCGCCGACUCACCUCCCCCCUAAUCACAAAAAUGACUACACCCUCGGCAAGAUGGGACAGCACAACGUCGUGAUCUCCGUCCUGCCAAUGGGCGAGUACGGCACCUCCUCAGCCGCACAGGUAGCCGAAGGCAUGGUCCACGCCUUCCCCAACAUCCGCCUCGCGUUCAUGGUCGGCAUCGGCGGCGGCGCCCCAAGCGCAAAGCACGACAUCCGCCUCGGCGACAUCGUCGUCGGCAUCCCACACAACGGCCGAGGCGGCAUCCUCCAAUACGACUUCGGUAAAACAAUCCAAGACCAGUCCUUCCAGCAAACAGGCUUCACCAACCAGGCGCCGACGUUCCUGCGCACGCCCGUCAGCGGCCUAGCAUCGCAGUACGAGCGCAAAGGCAACCCCAUCGACAGACUGGUCACCGAGCUGCUCGUCAGGUACCCGCGGCUUCGGAAGAAGUACUCGCGGCCCGACCCGGCGACGGACCGGCUCUACAAGAGCGAUGUCGUGCAUCCGGGCGAAAGCGACGGCGUCGCUGAAUCGUCGUGUGCGGUUGCGUGCGGCGAGCGGGCUGAGGCCCUGGUUUUGCGCGCACCGCGCACGGACGAGGAGGAUGAUCCGGCUAUUCAUUAUGGGCUGAUUGCGUCCGCGAAUCAGCUUAUGAAGGAUGCGCGGGUUCGGGAUGAGUUCGCGAGGAAGCAUGGUGUUUUGUGUUUUGAGAUGGAGGCUGCGGGCUUGGUGAAUCAUUUUCCUUGCUUGGUUGUUAGGGGUAUUUGUGAUUAUGCCGAUUCGCAUAAGAAUAAGGAGUGGCAGGGGUAUGCGGCUAUGACGGCGGCUUUGUAUGCGAAGGAGCUGUUGGGGAGGAUUGUGCCGCAGGUUGCUGCGCAGCAGGAGAAGAUUACGCAGGUGCUGAAGGGGGGUGAUACUUAUCACAAUAGUACUGUUAAUAAUUAUACGACGCAGGGGGAUAAUGUUCGGUUUGAUGGGAAUAAUUACGGGGUUCAGGUUGGGAUGAAUCAUGGCGACAUCACGAAUAAUCGCUAG